UACGGUACGAGCCCGGCGCCGCGCAGCUUAAGAGCACGUAAUUGCUACGCUGCUCUGCAGCGCGCGUCUUUCUCGGCUUCGUACGAUCAGUUCGCCACUGCCCGCACGCGCAGUUUCAAACGCGCGCGCCAACAAAGCACAGGGAGCCCGGUCAGACCGCCUGACCCAGAGAGCUCCAUUUGCCAAACCGCUGCGCGCACGCAAGAGCACUGCACUACAGAUGGACGCCGCCACCCUCACAAAAAUACGAGGCGGCAUGGCCGGCCUCGCGCCGCCACAAGCGAGACAAAAAGUAGGCAACCGCGAGUGCGCGUACUCCUUCGACUCGCCCUACGCCGAGGGCGGGCUGUUCGUCAACCUCAAGACCUUCGCCGGAUGUGGCAGUGACUUCGUGAAACAGGACGCGGCGCGAUCGUCCACAACUUUGUACGCGCACCACCGCUGGACCAAAAUGCCGAAAGAGGACGUCGAGAUGAGUGAACCGACGACUUUGGGUGUGGGCGUCCAGGGCGGUUUUGAAUCUGAGGACGCUAGAUAUGAUAUUGUCAAGGUGCGGUCAUUGGCUGUGGUUGCUGAUGAUGUAAUAUUGAUACAACUCCCUUGUUCUGACAUACCGGAGUAUGUUACCAUGCUCGUAGACGCCUGCUUGGACCACGAGUCCGGCAGCGCAGAAUCCGAUCGAGCCUGGGCUCUUGUAGAAGAUGAAGCGAAACCGUCAAAAUACGCUGAUACAUUAAUACAACUGAAACCGGAGGAAGGCGGUAGAUCUGAACCGUUAAAUCCCGACCCGGCGUCGUGGCGGUGCGAGUUGGAUGGGUCGUCCGAGAACCUCUGGUUGAAUCUCAGUACAGGCUACGUGGGGGGCGGCCGCGACCAGAGCGCGUGGGGCGGGCCGAAGGGCUCGAACGGUGCCCUGAGGCACUUUGAAAGUACGGGCAAGAAGUACCCGCUCGUUGUGAAGUUGGGCACGAUCUCUGCCGCGGGCGCGGAGCUGUAUUCGUAUGCCCCGGAUGAAGACGGCCCCGUCCUCGAUCCCAAGCUCGCCGACCACCUGCGCUUCUGGGGCAUCAAUAUUAUGUCGUCCGAGAAGACCGAAAAGACGACGGCUGAACUAGAAGUCGACGCCAAUCAAAAGUUCGAGUGGUCGGCGAUCGCAGAAGCUGGUUCACAGUUAACACCUCUGUCGGGCGUGGGGCUGACGGGUCUGGUCAACCUCGGUAAUUCAUGCUACAUGAACUCUGUUUUACACUUAUUAGCGUCGGUGCCGGAGAUCGGUCGGAGGUACCACGGUCUUGUCGAUGACACUGACCAACUCGGACCCGCGGCGCUGUCGCUCGUUAACGUAGCAGACCCGUCAUCCGAUCACUUGGCCCAGACGGCGCGAUUCAUCUCCGCAUUGCGCUCAAAGCGCUACGCCAAACCAGCAGAAAGUUUAAUCGAUCCUGCCUUAGCCAUCGCCGAAAGGCCGACUCUCUCGAGUGAUGUGGCCACAAAAGCUGCCGCCGCGACGGUGGCACCUAGAGGCUUCCGGGCCUUGUUCGGCAAGGGCCACGUCGAGUUUAGUACGCCGCGACAGCAGGAUGCCGCCGAGUACUUAAUUUACGUCCUCGACACUUUAUCGAAGGCCGAGGCGCCGGCGCUCGCUUCUGACGGGCGAUUAACGCAAGCGGCGGAGCAGGCGAACAACGAACCAGGUCCAAAGCCCGUGGAAUACGGCCCCUACGACGUCCUCUCUUCUCAACCUACACAGCAAUUGUUUGCGUUCAAGGUCGAGGAGAAGACGACGUGUCUACAAUCUCAAAAAGUGCGGUACAAGGCCCAGACCGAGUUUACUUUAGCGUUAGAAGUGCCUGAGAGCAUAGUACCUCGACCCACGGUAGAACAAGAGGCGAAAAAACCGAAGCUCGAGGACGUCGCAAAGCCGCGCUGUCCUCUAGAUGCUUGUUUGUCCCACUGGGCCGCGACCGAAUCCGUCGUAGAUUAUACCUCUCCAGCAACCGGUCUCAGGGGCGAGGCGUCGCGUCAUACGCGGCUGCAGACCUGUCCAAGGUAUUUACUAGUGAAGAUCAACCGGUACUACGCUACGGCCGACUGGACUGAAAAGAAACUGGAUGUGCUCGUCGAGGUGCCCGAGAAAUUAGAUCUGUCUCAAUUACGAGCUCCAUCUACGAGACCCGCGGGCGAGGAGGAGCUGCCAGAUGACGCCGCACCUCCCAAAGAGAAGUUCGUGCCCGACCCUGGGAUAUUGGCACAGUUACUGUCCAUGGGCUUCGAUGAGAACGGCUGCAAGCGCGCGUGCAAAGCGACGAAUAACGCCGGGCCGGAGGCGGCGUCCGAGUGGGUCUUUAGUCACAUGGACGACGCGGACUUUUCCGCGCCCUUCGUUGAUGACGAUGCGCCCUCAGAGAAAAAGGUGGACGAGGCGGCCGUCAACGAGCUCGUGAUGUUCGGCUUCACGCCGCGCGAGGCCGAGGCGGCGCUCGUGGCGUGUAGUGGGAACAAGGAGCACGCCGCGAACUGGUUAUUCGAGCAGGGGGAAAACCGGGACCAGGCCGUCGCCGACGUGCUGGACGGGCCCUCCGCUGCAGCGGCGCCGGCGGCUCCCUCAGACUUCGACGACGGCCCGCCUCAUUAUGAGCUGAAGGGCCUCGUGUCGCACAUCGGCUCGAACACGGGCUGCGGCCACUACGUCGCGCACAUCCGGGAGAAAGAUGGAAGGUGGGUCAUCUUCGACGAUGAAAAAGUCGCCCAUUCCAAGAGCCCUCCGGUCCAGCUGGCGUAUCUCUACCUGUACGCGCGGAAGUAGUAGUGGGUUGCCUCGGCGGCGGCGUAAACUAGGC